AUGUCACAUAUACCUCAAGUCUUACCGACAUCCAUCCCAAUCCCAAGUUUUGUUAUCACUGCGUUUUCAUACAUAUGGUAUUAUUUAUCAGCAAUAUUAACAAGAAUACCAGGUGGUCCAUACGUGAUACCAUACAUUCAAAAAUCUCAUCAUGAUGAUCCAUAUAGAACCACCGUCGAAAUUGGGCUAAUUUUGUAUGGUAUUUACUUUUAUUUAUCCAAGCCUCAACAAAAGAAAGGUCUUCAAUCCAAUAGACCAAAAUUAUCUCCACAAGAAAUCGAUUCAUUAAUUGAUGAAUGGCAACCAGAACCAUUAGUCGAUCCAUCUGUCCUUGAUGAACAAUCUUGGAGAUUAAGUUCCAUACCUGUCAUUGAAAAUUCUGGUCCUUCCAACCAUGUCAAUAUCUCAAGAAAUGAUGGGAAAGAAACUUUCAACGAUCUUUUCAAUUUAUCAUCAAAUAAUUUUUUACAAUUGACUAGUGAUGAGGAAUUAGUUCAAGUGGCUAAGAAAACCAUUAAGAAUUAUGGUGUCGGUGCAUGUGGUCCUGCUGGGUUUUAUGGUAAUCAAGAUGUUCAUUAUGCUUUGGAAUAUGAUUUGGCACAAUUUUUCGGUACUGAAGGUGCUGUGUUAUAUGGUCAAGAUUUCUGUGUUGCUUCCUCGGUUUUAUCUGCAUUCAACAAGCGUGGUGAUGUGAUUGUCGCAGAUGAUCAAGUCUCUUUAGCUUUGCAAAAUGCCUUACAAUUAAGUAGAGCUACUGUUUAUUAUUUCGAACAUAAUAAUAUGCAAUCUCUGGAAAAUUUGUUGGCUGAAUUGACUGAAAUGGAAGCCAAUGAUAAACCUCCUGCCAUCCCACGUAAGUUCAUUGUUACUGAAGGUUUAUUCCAAAACUCUGGUGAUAUUGCUCCCUUACCUGAAUUGACUAAUUUGAAAGAAAAAUACAAAUUUAGAUUAUUUGUUGAUGAAACGUUUUCAAUUGGUGUCCUUGGUGAAACAGGCCGUGGUCUUCCAGAACAUUUUGGAAUGAUUCGUGCCUCUUCUAUUGAUGUUACUGUUGGUUCUUUGGCUACAGCUAUCGGUUCCUCUGGUGGUUUUUGUCUUGGUGAUGCUGUAAUGGCUCAUCAUCAACGUAUUGGUUCGAAUGCUUAUUGUUUCUCUGCAUCAUUACCAGCAUACACUACCACCACCGCAUCUAGGGUUUUACAAAUCUUAAAUACUGAUAAAGUUAUUGUUUCCAAAUUGCAACAAUUUUCCAAAAUGGUUUUUGAUUUCUUUGUUAAUGAUUUAGAUUUACAGAAAAUUAUUAAAGUCACAUCUUUUGAAUUAUCGCCUGUUUUACAUUUCCGAUUAUUGCCUGAAAUUAGAAAGGCUAAAUUUAACUAUACUGCAGAAGAAUUAUUUGAAACAAUUUCUCGAUUACAAAAGAGGAAUGCUACCACUAAAUACAUCGAACCAUAUGAAAAUGAAGAAAGGUUUUUACAAUCCGUUGUCGAUGCAGCGAUUAAGAAACAUGGUAUCUUGAUUUCCAGAAACACAAUUAUUUUGCAACAUGAAACUUUACCAAUCGUUCCAAGUUUGAAAAUAUGUUGUAAUGCAAAGAUGGAUGAAGAAGAACUACGUAAGGCAUGUGUCGCUGUCAAGGACGUUUUGAUAGAAGCUUGUCAAAACUAG